UGUAUCUGUUCAUUGCUGCUUGACAACAGAAAGCAAACCCUUCUAAAUUAAUCCUCUAGUCACACAUUUGAAGCUGUGUGAAUUCUCCAGUAGGUCUACAGCAUCCAUAUGGAAAUUAUUUUUGCUUACAUACAUGAAUUUAGAGGACUAAAGCCACUGUUAUACAGUACACAAUGGGUUGUAUACAAAGAAUUUCGGAACGUACUGCAAACAAACGCCAGGGCUAGCAGUACAAACCAGCUGAACACCUGCCCUGCCCCAGUGCUCUCCAUCCUGACCAGGCACAACCCCGACCAGCACAGCUGAAGCCAGCCCACAGCUAAUUACAUCAAACAGGCGCUCCCGACUGUACGAAGCUAUGCAGUCCGUCCCCUUCGGGAAAGAUUGGAUUUCACGGCCAUUUAAAUAGCAGAAGGAAAGUGAAACUUGAACGUGACUCAAGCGCAGAGGCCCGGCUCCUGCGUGUGGCUCGGCAGGGCCGCGGGGUCCCGGCCGGUGCGGUCCGGGCGCGGUGCCCGCUUACCCCGUGCCAAACACAGCGUGACGAGGCAGAGUCGCGCCUGCGAACCCCCGCCGCAGGUGAUCCCCGACCGGCCCGCUUCUCCGGCCGGCCUCUCUCGAAGGCACCGCGGCCCGGGGCAGGGCAGGGCUGCGGGUCCGCAGCCCCGCCGCCCCUCGCACCUGGGCGGCCGCCCGGGUGUGCGCCGGUGACUCAGCGGCGCCCGGUGACCCCCGCCCGCGGCGGCGGCGCCUCGCCGCGGCUCUGCCCCCUCCCUCUCUCCCGGUAGGAUCAUCCCACCCCGCCGGGCGGUCACCUCAGCAGGAGGAGCCACCGCCACUUUGCCUCGGCUCCCGCAGCGACCUGACGGCAGUCAGCCCCGCCGCGCCGCGCCGCACCAUGCAAGCAGGGAAGAGAGACGAGAAUAGGCGGGACGCCGCCCGGCCCCUGCAGCUCACCAUGAAGAGGGGCUACGAGGUGCUCCGCGACCCCCACCUCAACAAGGGCAUGGCUUUUACCUUGGAGGAGAGGCAACAAUUAAAUAUUCAUGGAUUAUUGCCACCUUGCUUUCUUGGUCAAGAUGCUCAGGUUUAUACAAUUCUUAAGAACUUUGAAAGGCUGACAUGUGACCUAGACAGAUACAUGCUGCUAAUGAGUCUUCAGGAUCGAAAUGAAAAGCUUUUCUAUAAAGUGCUGGCUUCUGACAUUGAAAGAUUCAUGCCUAUUGUUUAUACUCCCACUGUGGGACUGGCUUGCCAACAAUAUGGUUUAGCAUUCCGGAGGCCAAGGGGUCUUUUUAUUUCUAUCCAUGACCGAGGUCACAUUGCUACAAUGCUUAAAUCCUGGCCAGAAAGUGUCAUCAAGGCUAUUGUGGUGACUGAUGGUGAACGUAUUCUUGGGCUUGGAGACCUUGGCUGUUAUGGAAUGGGCAUUCCUGUUGGUAAACUGGCACUUUAUACAGCAUGUGGAGGAGUAAAACCUUAUGAGUGUCUACCAGUGAUGUUGGAUGUGGGAACAGAUAAUGAGGCAUUGCUGAAAGAUCCUUUGUAUAUUGGGCUGAGACACAAGAGAAUUAGAGGUCAAGCCUACGAUGAUCUUCUUGAUGAAUUCAUGGAAGCUGUGACUGCAAGAUAUGGCAUGAACUGCCUCAUUCAGUUUGAGGAUUUUGCCAAUGCCAAUGCAUUCCGCCUCCUGCAUAAGUACCGUAACAAGUAUUGCACUUUCAAUGAUGACAUUCAAGGAACUGCAUCUGUUGCUGUUGCGGGUCUUCUUGCAGCUCUGCGCAUCACCAAGAACAAAUUAUCAGAUCACAGGGUGUUGUUCCAGGGAGCUGGAGAGGCUGCAUUGGGGAUAGCAAACCUCAUUCUUAUGGCUAUGGAAAAAGAAGGGCUAACCAAAGAUGCAGCUACCAAAAGAAUAUGGUUGGUUGACUCGAAGGGAUUAGUCGUAAAGGGGCGUGCCUCAUUAACACAUGAGAAACAGCGUUUUGCCCACGAACAUGGUGAAAUGAAAAAUCUAGAAGAUAUUGUUAGAGAUAUAAAACCGACUGUGCUAAUAGGAGUUGCUGCAAUUGGUGGUGCUUUUACUUCACAAAUUCUUCAGGAUAUGGCUGCUCUAAACAAACACCCUAUAAUUUUUGCUCUCAGCAAUCCCACUAGCAAAGCAGAAUGCACUGCUGAACAGUGCUACAAAUACACAGAGGGACGUGGGAUUUUUGCCAGUGGAAGUCCUUUUGAUCCUGUCACUCUUCCAAGUGGACAAACUCUCUAUCCCGGACAGGGUAACAAUUCCUAUGUGUUCCCAGGAGUUGCCCUUGGUGUUAUUUCAUGUGGAAUGAGACAUAUUGAUGAGGAUGUGUUCCUCACGACUGCUGAGGUUAUAGCGCAGCAAGUUACAGAAGAGAAUUUACGGGAAGGUCGCCUCUACCCUCCUUUAGUCACCAUUCAGGAUGUGUCACUGAAAAUCGCUGUGAGGAUCGCAGAAGAAGCCUACAGGAAAAACACUGCCUCCGUCUACCCUCAGCCCAAGGACCUGGAAGCCUUCAUCCGCUCUCAGGUGUACAGUACCGAGUACAACAGCUUCGUGGCUGACUCCUACGCCUGGCCCGAGGAGGCCAUGAAAGUCAAACUGUAAAUAGUUAAUGAAGAAUGAACAAAUCACUGCAGUUAAAAAGAAUUAAAAUAUUAAGGUUAUUUCUGCCUAGGAAGCCUAAGAAUAGCUAAUUUUUUAAGAUGCAGAAAACUUUUUCUAAUUCACAGUAGUUGGUUAGAAACUCAGAUUGAGAGACCAUCAAUUAUACAUCAGAAAAUAAAAAUUAAUCUGAGAAAUAUA